AUGGCUAACGAUGAUUCUCAAAGCAUCAGCUGUGCUCUUCUUAGCAGCGAUGAAUCCCAACAACUCAAUAAUGAUAUAAGUAAGCAAUUAACACGAUCGUCAACAAUUAAACCAACAACUAAUAAUGUAAAAUGGACAUUACGCAAUAGUAUAUCAACUGCUAGUCUACGUAAAUAUCGAUCACCUUUUCGUCGUAGUGCAAUGAAAAGUUCAUCAAUCAAAUCAAAUUCACAAUUUCCAGCUCCACCUUCAUUUCCAUUAUUUCGUCGUUUUUAUCUUAUGCGAAAUUCAUUUGCACGAAAACGACAACGUGAAUUACCGGAUAAUAUUAGCAAUUCAAAUGCAUUAGCAGCAUCUUCAGAAAAAAUAUAUUCAUCACCACGUAUUAAAUCAAGUCAUGUUUUAACGUCAAUUUUUAUUAUUCUUAUAAGUGGAUGUCUUCUUAUAUUUAUGAUUAUUCUUGAUUUAUUUUAUUUGGAUGAUGCAAUUCUAAAUUCUUUUAAACAGAAAACACUUAAAUCUAAUAUAAAAAAUAACAGUACAUUAUGUUAUCAUCAUCCGAAAGUUUGUGCUAUGAAAGGUUUAGUAAUUAUUGUAUUUUUUGGUAUUACGAUAGCUUUAUGCUAUAUUAUUUUGACUUUAUAUACCCGUGCAAGACGUCAUACACGUUUAUUAGAACGUAAAACAGAUGAAUUAGAAAAAGAAAAAUGUUUAACUGAAAAAUUACUUCAUGAAAUUUUACCACCAUGUGUAGCAAAAGAUUUAAUUAAUGGACGAAAAGCACCUGCAGAACAUUAUGACUUGGUAACUGUCUAUUUUUCAGAUAUCGUUGGUUUUACUGUUAUAGCAAGUACAUGUACACCGAAUGAAACUUGUGAUAUGUUAAAUAGACUUUAUUCUAUAUUUGAUUCUUUAUUGGAAAAUUUUGAUGUUUAUAAAGUUGAAACAAUUGGAGAUGCUUAUAUGGUUGUUUCGGGUGCACCAAAAAAGAAUGGUGAUAAACAUCCUAAUGAAAUUGCCAAUAUGUCACUGGCCUUACUUCAUUGUAAACAACAAGUUCAUGUACCCCGUAGUACUGCGCAACUCAAAUUACGCAUUGGAAUUCAUACAGGACCUGUAUGUGCUGCAGUGAUUGGAUCUAAAAUGCCACGUUAUUGUAUGUUUGGUGAUACUGUAAAUGUAGCUAGUCGAAUGGAAUCAAAUGGAUUACCUGAUAAAAUUCAUAUGAGUGAUGAUACAUACAAACGAUUAAUAAAUCGAGAUCAAUAUAUAUUUGAAGAACGAGGUGAAAUAGCAAUUAAAGGCAAAGGACAUAUGCGUACCUAUUUUCUCCUGGAUAGAAAACCGAUUCGAACAGGAUCAAAAUCACGUUCAAAUACAAUAAUUAAAGGAGAACGAGAUGCUUUAUAA